CUUAUUAGUUCCACUUGGUGUAAUCUUCUACCUUUCCUUACUCCGGUAUAAUCCCGUCGACUCCACAUCUGAAAUCGUCACUGUAACUGCCUUAACGGAAAAAUGAGCACAGUGCCGGAAGAGGCAAUCGAAGUGAUAUCACAGAGCAUCGGAAUAAGCAAUUUAUCACCGGAUGUCUUGCCAGCUCUCGCCGCCGAUGUCGAGUACCGUAUUCGGGAAAUUAUGCAGGAGGCUAUAAAAUGUAUGCGCCAUUCGAAGAGAACUACUUUAUCUACUGAUGAUGUUGAUUCUGCACUCACCUUGAGAAAUGUGGAGCCAAUAUAUGGUUUUGCUUCGGGAGAUCCCUUACGGUUCAGGAGAGCUGCUGGGCAUAAGGAUUUGUUCUAUAUUGAAGAGAAGGAUAUAGAAUUCAAAGAUGUGAUCGAAGCACCUCUGCCGAAAGCACCACUAGAUACUGCUCUUUUUGCUCACUGGUUAGCUAUAGAAGGGGUACAGCCUGCUAUUCCUGAAAACCCUCCACUUGAAGCACUUGUUCUACCUCCUGAUAACCAAAAGGCAGAGUAUAAGGAGGAUGGAGUUCCUGUUGAUCUUAAAGUACCUGUUAAGCAUGUCUUAUCCCGUGAGCUUCAGCUUUAUUAUGACAAGAUUACAGAGCUUAUCAUGAAUAAAUCCAACUCCCCUCUCUUCAAGGAAGCUUUAGCAAGCUUAGCAACAGACCCUGGGCUCCAUCCCUUAGUUCCUUACUUCACAUAUUUUGUUGCUGAUGAGGUUGCACGGAAUUUGAAUAAUUUUGAUCUCCUUUUUGCUUUGAUGAGGCUAGUCUGGAGCCUUCUUCAGAAUUCUCAUUUACAUAUUGAACCAUAUCUGCACCAGUCGAUGCCGUCUGUAAUGACAUGCCUUGUUGCGAAAAGGCUGGGGAAUAAAUUCGCUGACAACCAUUGGGAACUAAGGGACUUCACAGCAAAGUUGAUUGCUUUAAUAUGCAGGCGAUAUGGUCAUGUCUAUCACAGUCUCCAGCCACGUGUCACGAAGACUUUGCUGCAUGCUUAUCUUGAUCCAGCUAAGGCACUGCCACAGCAUUAUGGAGCAAUUCAAGGGCUAGCAGCUCUUGGACCUGGUGUGGUUCGCCUGCUUGUGCUGCCAAAUCUUGAAGCUUAUUUGCGAUUGUUGGAGCCUGAAAUGCAGUUUGAGAAACAAAAAAAUGAAGUGAAGAGACAUGAAGCUUGGCGCGUAUAUGGGGCCUUAAUGUGCGCUGCGGGUCUAUGCAUGUAUGAGCAUUUCAAGAUGCUUCCUGCAUCUCUAUCUCCAUCAAAUCGGACAUUCCUGAAGAGUAAAUUGAAAGUCUUGACUACAUUGUCAAACAAACGCAAAACCAGCACGGACAACAUGGUCUCACAGCCGCCAACCAAGAAAUUAGUGACAGAUGGUCCUACACCAAUGCUGUCAGAUUCUUUGCCAGCAGACAUACAAGGAGCUACCGAUGGACAUGACACAGUGCUGGCUGUUACAGAUGGGGAUUUAUCAUCAAGUCCACAAGAUUUGCAAAAUAAGAAUGUGACCAAUGUGACGAGACCCAGCAAAAGGGAGAUUACUGGCGAGCAAAGCCAAAAAACAUCAGCUGCUCUUGGUCAGGUCUUGAAGAAGGAUAUGGAUGCUGCAAAUUUAUUGCCACAACUAUUUGAAUAUUUUGGUGAAAGUAUGUUGUUCUUUGCACCUACCCCUGAACUGUCAUUCUUUUUGUGAUCCUCUUCUAGUGGCUAUAAUG